AAAUGCUAUUAGAAACAAACUACUACAAUCCAGUACCUACACAGAUCAUGAAAAAAGGCAAGAGCAGCUCAAAGCAUAAGAUUAGUCUAAACAUAAAGACAAAGACAAACAGCCAUAGCUUAAAAAGAAUCUCAAGAAUUGAACUUGAAAGUCUUAAUAACUCGAAGCAGAACCCUAUUGAUCUUCCUUACGCAGACAGUUCUAAUAUAGACAACAAGUUUACAACAACACAAGAAAUGAGGUAUAAAAGAUAUAAAGUAAACCGUAAUAAAGUAAAACUGCAAAGAAACAAGAAGUUCUUCAAUGGAGUGCUUAGAGAGAAUAAGAGGCUGCUCCACCAGCUAGUAAAGAUCGACAAAAGGCCGAUGGAGUUCUCAGUAAACAGCAUUGCUCAAAACAGCAUUCCUCUGCAAAGCUCACUUAAAGGAAAAUAAAAGACUUAGUAACCUCAAGAGAAUUACUAGGGAAAACCACUGGUUCCUUAAUAGACUCAGAAAUACUACUUCUGUAUACAAUGUUCUCGGGUGGGAAAACGAUCACGCCAAUCGCAAAAGCAAUACCACAGGUUCCUUAGGACGGAAAAGUUUUGGCACUUCAAUGCAAAGAGCAUUUCAAACACUUUACAUGAAAUCAAAGUUAACUCAUCAAAAGAAAGGACUCAAGAGAAUUAGAAGUUACAAAAACUCGCUUUUACCUGAAAGUAGAGUAAACAGUUUAUCAGAACAAAGAAUAAUGAAGAUUCUAUAG